AGGGCAAGACCCGAAUAUGCGUAGCGGGCUUCGGGAUCUCGCACCACACGAACCACGCCGGCAAGAUCGCCCGCGGCAUCGUGGAGGCCAACCCCGAUCACUACGAGUCGUGGUUCUACUUCAGCUCCAAGGGGUACCCGCAGCUGCUCGCUCAAAUCAAGGGUGAGCUGCCUGCGGAUCAGCAGAAGAGAUUCGGCUCACACCGAACCGCCCCUUUCUGCUGGCUGGAGUCCCCAGAAGGGAGACUGGACGCCAAGGGUGGCAGAGACAGCUUCUGCGAGUGGGUCAGGGACUCAGGGAAGUUCUCCACGCAGAGGUACGACGAGGUGCGGGUCGACGCGGCCUGGGAGCCCACGGUCUUCGAGGCGUGGGUGGACACCACGCCCGGCACCGCGGCGGGCCAGCGCAGCGUGGAGUGACGGCGCUGCUGCUCUGGGCGGGGGCCCCCGCGGCGACAAAAGGGCCCUCGGGCGUGUCGUCGUCGUCGUCGUCGUCGUCGUCGUCGUCGUCGUCGUCGUCGGCGGUGUCGCCGUCGCCGUCGCCGUCGCCGUCGCCCCGUCGCCGUCGCGCCGUCGUUAAGGCGCCCAGGUCGCCGACGGCAUGGCUUUUUCGAGCCUGGGGCCGGCCCUGGCCAGGCCGACCGAGGGGCCUUCCUCCGGUCCCCAGGAGGUCGUUCCGCCUCGGGCGGCGCGCCUCGUCGAGCCCCAGGAGGCCAGG